GGGGUGGGAGGAGUCUCGCGGCGUCUCGCGAGAGCGGCGCGGAGGAGGGAGGGGGAGGCCGCGCGCUGCGGCGGCGGGAUGGGAGCGCCGAGAUGCCCCGUCACUGCUCUGCUGCCGGCUGUUGCACCCGCGACACCCGGGAGACCCGCAACCGAGGCAUCUCCUUCCACCGGCUGCCCAAGAAGGACAACCCGCGGCGCGCCAUGUGGCUGGAGAACAGCCGCCGGCGGGACCCCAGCGGGCAGGGCCGCUGGGACCCCGCCUCCAAGUACAUCUACUUCUGCUCCAAGCACUUCGAGAAGAGCUGCUUUGAGAUAGUCGGCUUCAGCGGGUACCACCGCCUCAAGGAAGGCGCCGUUCCCACCGUCUUCGAGUCGGCCACCCCCAAACCCCCCCGGGCCGCCAAGCCGAAGCCCCCCGCACCCCCCAGCGACCCCCCCAAGCCCCUCCGGGCCAGCAGGAGGUGGAGACGGGACCCGGCCCCUCCGCCGCCGGAGCCUCCCUUCGCCGCCGCCGACGCCUCCUGCUUCCCGCGUGACGGGGACGAUCCGGCCGUCCCCGCCGGCCACCGCGGCGGCGUCCCGGCGCUGCCCGGCCCCUCGGGCGCCCUGCCGGACGGCACCGCGGCGGCCACGGGCGACGGCGAGGCGGCCACGGCCCCGGCGCUGCCCGAGGGCCCGGGCCCGGACCCGGACCCGGCGCCGGCGCGGCCGGCGUCACCCUCGCUCUACAUGCUGCGGCUGCCGCCGCCGGCCGGCGCCUACAUCCAGAGCGAGCACAGCUACCAGGUGGGCAGCGCGCUGCUGUGGAAGCGGCGCGCCGAGGCGGCGCUCGACGCCCUCGACAAGGCGCAGCGGCAGCUGCAGGCCUGCAAGCGCCGCGAGCAGCGGCUGCGGCUGCGGGUGGGCGAGCUGCAGCGGGAGCGCCGGGCGCCCGCCGAGCCCCGCCGCCCGCCCAAGGGGCCCCCGCGCGGCCUCCCGCUCCAGCUGCUCCGCGACGGCCAGUGACGCCGCGCGGCUUCCCCCCUCCCCGUCCGCCCGCCUCCGCUCCGGCGCCGCCGGGAAGGCUUGUAAAUAAAAGAAAAUCCUCUUUUCUACAAAAA